CAUGCACAAUAACGACACUUUACCCAUUUGCUGGACCAGAUGUGCAUGGUCCACUGCCUACCUUCGGCGUCGCGAGCACAAACAUGGAGUCUUGCGCCCGACCCAAAAUUGACAUUACGCCACCGAUGCGAUAAGUCUGGCGCGCUUUGGGUAAGUUAUGAAAAAGAGGGGUGAUUGAUACUGUGGGUGGUGUGGUGGAUGGAUCAAGGGAGAAGACCGCAAUUGUGGACGCCAUAUCCGGCUUCUCGGCACACAAAUGAAUCCCGGACGCCGAACCUUCUUUACGUGCAUUCCCAUGCUCCUAGGUAGUUGCUACUUCUUCCGAGUCACUGGAACAUGUCACCACGGUCAGCUUAAUCAUAAAUAGCAUCAGCAACGACGCCGCUCACUACAUAAUGGACCCUCGGUCGGUCGGACACUCCAUUAUCCUCAAGGCGUACGACAUCAAUAUCUUCGGGCUGGAUUUGCUAUCAUAAACACCGGGAGAAGCAAGAGUCAUGCCUGAAGACAAGAAACAACCUGCGUGUACCGAGUGCAGAGAGAAGAAAUUACGAUGUGUACCCAGCGUCGAGAAUCCCGACGGCUGCCACAGAUGUGCCCGGCUUGGAAAAGAAUGCCAAAUCCCCGAAGCCAAGCGACGGGAACGCAAAGCGCGAUUGCGAGGACGGGUCGAACACCUGGAAAGCAAUUACUCUGAAAUUUUGACCCUCCUGAAACGCAAUGCCACAAACGAUGCCUCUCCCGCGACUACCAGCUCCCAGCAGCCGGGUCCAUCGGUCUCGGAUAACCAGACCCAUACUGCUAGCACCAGCCUGACGUCUCCACGAGCCCCGUCGAUAUUCUCGGCUAUCGUUGGAACGGAUCUGUUGCCAUAUGAUGAAUGCGAAUCGCUUAUCAGUGACUAUCGGCGCAUGGCGCGGGUCAAUACGCCGUUCGUUAUCAUUCCAGAGUCAUGUCACGCUACUUCGCUGGUCGAGGAACGGCCGAUGCUGGCUCAAGCCGUUUUUAUCGUUACCUCGUGGAGACAUCCGGCCCGCCAAUCCGUGCUGAGGGCCAAUUACCUCAAGGAGCUCGGUGACAAGUACCUAGUUCGGUCAGAGAAGUCCUUGGACCUGCUGCAGAGCCUCAUUGUAUACUUUGUAUGGUCCCAUUGGUAUACAGUCACGUUCUCAAGCCAGCCAUACAGGCUGGCAACAAUGAUCGUCACCAUGGCGAUCGAGCUCGGUAUCACUCAGAGACCGAUGAGCACCACGCAGCACGAGGUGAUCGUCAACUCGACCUCAGUGCUCUCCAAGACGAACGAGACCGUUUCAUCCAAGUUUUGGAACUAUGAAGCACGACGGGCCUUUAUUGCGGCCUACAACGUGUCAACUUUUUGCUCGCUUGCGGCCAGACGAUACCGCUUCAUGCAGUACACACAGUACCUGGAGGAGUGCGCCUCUUCCCUAGCCGCAGAUCCCCAGUAUCCAUCUGAUCGACUGCUUGUGCAUGUGCUGGGUUCUAUGCAUCUUGCGGAACAAGUGUCGAGCACCUUCGACCAUGGUUCCGGAGAGAAAAUUGGCGAAUUAGACGACGACAAGAUCCAGCUUCUCGUCAAAGCCCUAGAGAAACGUGGAACCGAAUGGAGGGCGGCCCUGCCAUCUAACAGUAUUGAAAGUGGCCGACUGUACCGCUCGUACUAUAUUGGCCGAGCAUAUAUACACGAAGUCGGACUGUACGGCGUGCAGCAGGGUCAAACUCCCUCCAUCACGCGUACCUCGAUUAUAUACGAGUGCUUCGACUCAUCCAUGAAGGCACUAUCCGCCAUUAUCGAACUUUCUCUUGACGAAAUGGCCGACUGGGGCGUCAUGGAGUGGCGCCAGCUCAAUUUGGGCGUCAUGCUCUGCACGAAAUCUUCAAUCAUCUUGGACUCGGCCUAUGCCAGCCUGGAAUCGUCCCAACGAGCCGACUGGUUGGCCAAAUGUCUUGACACUUUGUGCCUCCAGGCCCGAGAACUGCACCGUAUGGCCGUGGCCAGAGAUCCACAGGCCCAGGAGGAGGACCACUUUCUCAAACGGCUGGCAACCGAAUGGCAGAACGUCAAGACGUAUUACCAGAACUGUACCUAUUGGACUUCAACCGGCACCCGCCAUUCAGCAAGGACUGCAAACCCUAGACUAUCCGUUCGACGUUGA